UACUUUUGUUGGCAUUUCGAGUAACUGUGGCAACAUAAUUAACAAAAACAACGAGCCAAAUUCAAGUCAAAACAAAAGACUAACUGACACAAAACAGUGUCAGUUCCACUCAAAAUAGACAGAAUUUUGUCUCCCUCUGACCUGCUAUAGAGAACUACAGAGAUGGCAGAAUGUCAGAAUUACAAACAUGGUGGAACAAUUGCUAGAAACUCAUUGCAUCUCUGAAUAGCGUUGUUUGUUAUAUCUUACAUGCAUAUCAUCUAGUGGUGGUAAAAGCAACAAAAAAACCUAGUGUGCUCUGGACUUAAGAUGGGGUAAAUGCACACAUAUGCAUGACAUACCUUUAAAAAAAUGGGGUGUCCGUCAUGUAACGUUGCCUGGCCAUAUCUCGUGACCUCUUCACCUUAACUCAUACCUGUCUUCUUCGUUCCUUUGACUCUAACCUCCUGACACCCAUGAGAAACAAACGACAGCUUCUGUCCCCGUCCUGUCCCUCUGUCUCAAAGUGUCAGGAACUCCAACUAGCUUCAAAUCACCACUCAGUCAACCAUCUGGUCUAUCCACCAAAACCCCUUUUCAAUUUUCAGCUACUUGUUUAUGUUGUCUGUCAUUUCUAUUUUCUUGCAAAGUCUCUUUGAGAUUUCUAAAAAAAAAAAAAAAAAAAAAAAACAAUCCUAUAUACGUUUAAUGCAUUAUUAGUAGUAUUUUAGUUAUUAUUAGUAGUAAUUCUUUUGAACACGAGUUUUUAUGCGUUUGUUUGAUUGUUUUUGCUUUUGACCAAUAAGAUACACAGAGUUUCCGGUUGUGAGAAGAGCUUUUAUCUUAAAUAAGGUAUUUGUUAUUUCUCUUACUUGUUAGCCAUGUUUGGUAUAUUGAAUGGAGUAAGUCAAUUACACACAACAUGCUAAUGAUGGUCCACAUGCUGCUGACAGUGUUCACGUUAAAAUGAACAUAUUUGUAAAAUUAGCAUAAAAUUACUAACAUGGUUGAAGUCCAUGUUGAUCAUUGAUGCUGAUUUUUAGUAUCAGAACGCUGGGUCCAAACCGCUGGGCACACUUUGGCAGGUCCCGGUUAAAUUUCUUCAGGAAUUUUCUAGUUUUAUUUUCAUUGACUUCCACGUGCAACUAUACGUCAGAUCGUGGAUCUAUGGCAACAAACAUUUACUUGUUGGCGAUUUGUUCGCCGUUGAAGUAUGCGGCCUUCUGAUUGGACGUGCAUGAAAACACAGUCCUCAUUGGCUUACGGCAGGGCGGGCGGGUGAACUCAACACCUCAAGGCAGGAAGUAGUUUGUUUGCUAGCCAACAUGGCGGUGGUCGUGUCAACAGUGAGUUAGGGGGGCUUUACGUCGUUAUGUCUGCGGCUGAUAUGUCCGCCGUGUUGAACAUCCUCCGGUCUCUGUAUCGGCACGUCCGGACGCUGGAGGAGUUCGCUGGCAGCAUCGAGUUCAAGGAAGGGAAGAAGCCGGUUCUGGUGGAGCAGUCGGACUCGAAGCGCUUCGAGACGUUUGUCAGAGGCGUGUUUGUGUGCUUUGACAAGGAGCUACAGCAGAGUCCCAGCUGCAGCGAGAUUUGCACUCUCCCAGAACUCCUGGCUUUUGUUCUCAACACCAUGAAAAGGAAAAGAAGAAGAAACGUCCUGGCGCACGGCUACACCCUGCUGGCCCUGCCGCAGGAGGAUCGGGACGCAGACCACUUUAAAUUCCAAGGAGACGUGACCCAAAGUGCCGCCUAUAUCCAUGGCAGUGACCUGUGGAAGAAAGUCACCUUGCGCCUGGGCACGGACAUCACACGCUACCUGCUGGAGAGCUGCUCCGUAUUCGUGGCCGUGCCACCUUCAUGUGCUUUCCAGGUGUGCGGCGUCCCGGUGUAUGACAGGGUGUCCACGAGCGUGCCCUCGAGUGGGUUUCAUCUUCAGCCUAGACUUAGGGGGCGCAGUUUGUCUCAGUUUGGAAGAGAUCAACGAUCACUGCGCUUUAGGGGAAGACAGAAGGUUGAGAAUGUGUCUCAAAGCCAGAUUAGGAGAAGAAGAAAGGAAAAAGGGAACAAGAGAAAAAGAAAGAGGGGACUCGAUCAGCUGGAGGAGACGGGGACGUCCUCAGGAAAGAGGAGACGGUUAGCAAACACAGACAGCAAUCAGGAGCAAACGGUUGAGGAAAGGCAGGCUAAGUUUGUGGAGACAGCAACGUCGAGGAGGAAUGUGGAAAAUGGGACAAGUGGUUUCAAACAGACAAUUGAGAUGCCAUUGACUGAGGGUGGUCCCAGUUGGCGGUCAGGGGCUUUUCCUCCUUUGCCGCCCUCACAAAGUUUUAUCCGCACGCUGGGAUUUCUGUACGGCGGCAGAGGCCUGCACGGCUUCCUUCUCAACAGGAAGAAAAAGAGCAGCGAUGGAUCCAGAAGGUUACAAGGGAAAGACUUGAUACGAGUCGUCUUCUUUGAGGGCUUGAUGUAUUUGAACGGUUUAGAGAGGAAACCGAAAAAGCUUCCCCAGAGGUUCUUCAACAUGGUUCCCCUCUUUAGUCGGCUGUUACGACAACACAAGAAAUGCCCUUACAGCAAGAUCCUGCAGAGAAUCUGCCCUUUGGUCGAAGAGCAUAACACGGGACCCGGAGAGCUAAACUCCCUCUUACCUAAACACUGUGCGCCCCAUAGGGUCUUCCUGUUCGUCAGAGAAUGUCUGUCUACUGUGAUUCCGCGAGAGAUGUGGGGCUCGGACCACAACCGGGUUCGUUUCUUCGCCAAAGCUAGGGUUUUUCUCCACAGCGGCAAGUUUGAGAGGCUGUCGCUGGCUGAGUUGAUGUGGAACAUGAAGGUGAAUGACUGUGACUGGUUGAAGAUCAGUAAAACCGGUCGAAUCCCACCCAGUGAGCUCGCAUACCGGACGCAAAUCCUGGGUCAGUUCCUGACCUGGCUGCUGGAUGGCUUUGUUGUGGGUCUCGUCCGCGCUUGUUUCUACGCCACGGAGAGCGUGGGGCAGAAGAACGCCAUCAGGUUCUACCGACAGGAAGUCUGGACUAAACUUCAGGACUUGGCUUUCAAAGGUCACCUAUCCAAAGGUCAGAUGGAGGAGUUGUCUCCUGCUCAGGCAGCGUCUCUCCCCAAAGGCACCGUCGUCUCCCGACUUCGUUUCAUUCCCAAGGCAGAUGGCAUGAGGCCCAUCACACGAGUUAUAGGAACGGAUCCCAAAACGAGGUUGUUCCAGGGCCGGGUGCGGGACUUGCUGGACAUGCUGAGGGCCUGCGUGCGCUCCACUCCAUCCCUCCUCAGCUCCACUGUGUGGGGGAUGACGGAUAUUCACAAGGUGCUGAGCUCUCUGGCGCCAGCCCAGAAAGACCAACCGCAACCCCUCUACUUUGUCAAAGUGGAUGUGAGUGGAGCCUACGAGAGCCUGCCGCAUGACAAACUCAUAGAGGUGAUUGGCCAGGCCUUGUGCCCCGUCCAGGACGAGCUCUUCACCAUCCGCCGCUAUGCCAAGAUCUGGGCAGAUUCCCACGAGGGCCUGAAAAAGGCCUUUGUUAGACAGGCAGACUUUCUGGAGGACAACAUGGGAUCCACCAACAUGAAGGGAUUUUUAAUGUCGUUGCAAAAGAGUGCAAAACUCCACCAUGCCAUCCUCGUAGAACAACAUUUUUGCUCUGAUCUCCGAGGCAAAGAAGCUUCACAGUUCUUCACCCAAAUGCUAACAGGCAGCGUAGUUCAGUAUGGAAAGAAGACGUACCACCAGUGCCGAGGGAUUCCUCAGGGAUCGGUCGUGUCCUGUCUGCUCUGUUGUUUGUGUUACGGCCACAUGGAGAACGUUCUAUUCAAAGACAUCACUAAAAACAAAGGGUGUUUGAUGAGGUUGGUGGACGACUUCCUCCUUAUUACUCCAGACCAACAUCAAGCUCAAACCUUUCUGAAGACCUUGCUGGCUGGAGUCCCACAGUAUGGUCUAAUGGUCAAUCCACAGAAGGUGGCGGUCAACUUCCAGCUCCAGGGAAGUGUGGGCUCCUGUGCGGGCAUUCGCAUGUUGCCUGCUCACUGUCUCUUCCCUUGGUGUGGGCUGCUGCUGGACACCCACUCCCUGGACGUCUAUAAAGACUAUUCAAGCUAUGCUGGACUCUCUCUACGGUACUCCCUCUCUCUGGGUUCUUUCCAUUCAGCCGGUCACCAAAUGAAGAGGAAGCUGAUGGCCAUCCUUCGGCUCAAAUGUCAUCCUCUCUUCUUGGACUUGAAGACCAACUCCCUUGAAGCGGUUUACAGGAACAUCUAUAAGCUGGUGGUGCUGCAUGCAUGCAGGUUUCAUGUGUGUGCACAGAGUUUGCCCUUUGGUCAAACAGUCGCCAAGAAUCCGCUUUACUUCCUGCAGAUGAUCUGGGACAUGGCUCAGUACGCCAAUAAGCUCCUCAGGUCCAGCAACAAGGGUGACAUUUCCACAAAAGAGUUCAGAAAAGCACCACGUUUAGAGCUUCUCUGCAUCGUUUCAUGUUUUUCCUUUUCUUUAGGGCUAAUUUUAGGCAGUAAAGCCCAGACAGGCGUCGCGCAAUACGAGGCGGUGGAGCUGCUUUUCUGUCUCAGCUUCCUGCUGGUGCUCUCCCAACACCGUCCGCUCUACAGGGACCUGCUGACGCACCUACACAAACGGAAGCGGAGCCUGGAGCGACGGCUGGGGGAUUUGAGGCUGGCCCGGGUUCGUCAGGCCUCAAACCCCAGGACCCCCGUGGACUUCUUGGCCAUCCGAAUGUAAUCCGUGGCCC